AUGGUUCGCCCAAUCGCACAGAUAUCUUUCUGGGUCGAUGGAGACUCUUCAGAAGGCUGCAAACCACCAGAGGGAUUUCAUGUAAACAAAUCACUGGAUGAAAAGGCUAGCCGCCAUAACUCACAGCUGUGCAUGGACCUCCCCCUGCAUCCGGGGCGUUCAAUCACGGUUGGGCGGGAUCAUCACAUGAAUGAUGUUUCCAUAAACCACCCAUACGUCUCGAGGCAGCACUUCAUCAUCUAUUCAAUUAUCUAUGAUCCAGACGACAAUCGUGCCCACCCUUAUUUGAUUUAUGUCCGGGACUGUCAAUCUCUGGAAGGCACAUACGUCGAUGGAGCUUGUAUUGGUAAUAAAGAAAAAGGUCCAUCACCAGGUUUCUAUCUCAGUCGAGACGUUGUGGUCACUAUCAAACCUCAUUGGAAGUUUCGCGUUUCUCUCUUAGACUGUCCGGAAUUAAAGUCACCGCUGACGGCAAUCCAACUUAAAGAAUCUAAUCUUUUUAGCAAUCGGUACAUGAUUAGCAACCGAGUUCUAGGGAGUGGAUCCUUGGCGUCAGUCCAUCUAGCUGUUGAUGUGAAGACUGGGAGACAGCUUGCCUGCAAAAUCCACGACUUUGACCAUAUCAAUCGAUUUGAUGACACUCAAGACGUGAUCCAACACAUUCUAGACGAGACUGAUAUACUCGGAAAACUAAGACAUCCUAAUCUUCCCAUCUUCGAAUAUGCCUUUCGGUCGAAGCAUACCCUAUAUACGUUCACUGAGCUUGCAACAGGGGGUGACCUAUUCUCAAUGCGUUUAGUACGAGGAGUCUUUACAGAGCAAGACACCAUACUUGUUAUUCUUCAGAUUGUGAAUGCCAUCAGAUAUCUUCAUAGAGGCGAUAUAGCACAUCGCGACUUAAAGCCAGAGAAUGUGUUAUUCUCCACGGGGCCAUAUGCUACAGGGAGGGUCAUCGUUAGUGACCUAGGCUUUGCUAAAUCGAAGGCUUCGGGGCGAAUGCUUAGCUACGUGGGGACCAGACAUUACAUGGCACCGUGA